AUGUUGACAGUUAAAGAUUUUCUUGGUGAUUGUAUGUUAAUCGUUACUGUACAUCCACAUACUGAUAAAGAGAUUUGUUCAAAAAUAAAGCAAAGACUUGUCGAGAAAUUUCUUCAUCCUCUAAAUCCUGAAGAUCUUUUACCUGAUUGUAAUGUUACUUCUAUAUUUUGGCAAGAACAAGUUAAUUCUAGUGAUGAUAAAAAUUAUGAACAUUUGGCAGGUUUGGAGGAAAAAAAUUUUUGGAUAAUAAACAGCAAGACAAUUCACUGA